AUGGCCACCCUUACGACUACGGUUACACCACGCCUCCGCAUGCUUCGACAGUCGCCUACGUCCAGUGCGCCGUACGAUCGGAGUGCUCAGACUACGACCUCCACUUCUAAACCGGGCCCUUCGCGACUCCCUGACUUUUCCCAACUCGUGAACGUUGACUUGAGGGCAAUGGAUCUCUCGGAUGACAACAUAUACUCCAGUGAUGAGCCGCGAACGCCGCAAGUGCCUACCCCGCCGACGGUCACUCGCUCCGAGAACCCAGCUGCUGUGCUACGGGCAUUGCUAUCGCGCCUCCCCGCCCAGCCCAAAAGUCCAACGGUUUCCCGCACUUCGUCCCGGCAGAAUAUAUCUGAGCGAGAGUCUGAUUACGAUGCCUCCGAGACAGCGAGUGCCACGCCGAGCGUAGCUCAGUCUAGUCUUAAGAACAUAUUUGGUCGCGCACUUCAAGAGCCAGGCAACUCGCCUCGGAAAACACAGUCGAUGAGUGAGGAUAUGGAUCCCAGCGGGGUAGAGUUUACACCAAUGCCUGAGGGAACCAGGCUGGAUCCGAAGGGAAAGGGUCGCAGCUCGGAUGGUGAAACGGAGACUACGAUUGCCCGCCCUCGCACACGGUUCAAGGCGUCGUCCCAACCCAUUACGAAGGAUUUCUUGCGUGAGCGCUUCAGUGACCUUCAAGACGAUUCUCCUACUCGACCUCGCGAUAGACCUACCACUAUGGAUAACCUUGUGCAAGAAUCGGAUUCAUCCCAGACGACUCCUCCUGCCGCCACAAGUACUCCUCUUCAUUCCUUAAGAAUGUCCGUGAACUCGGAAUUUGAGUCAAAUCUGCUUGACCAGGACUCAGAAAUGCAGAAUGCGAUCCAAGCUUUCGAUAGUGAUGCGGAUGGCUUCACUGACCGUUCAUUUUCACCUCCCCCGACGUUACGGCGUGGGCUACCACCUGGGGUUGGCCCAGUUCCAACACUUUCUGUGGACUCAACUAACGCCAGUCACUCUUUACACCGUCCUCCUUCGCGAUCGAGUUUAACCUUCGGCCAUAGUCGCAAUGGCCAAGUGAAUGCUAUGGGGGACAAAUAUGGUUCGCAAUCGAUGAGCCUGACCACGUUGGAUGGCGCUAUUCCCCUCUCUCGACCAUUUCAAGAAACGUCUGCUGCAAUACAACGAACACCUUCCACGCCGCCAUCUCCAAAUCAGCCAUGGGAUCUCCAACAAACUUCGAGAACUCCGUCUCCAGGAUUGUUCAGCACUGGCCGUCCUCCCGCCACUCCUUCCUCUCCUUCUCGCUCAAACAUUCGAUCUCGACAACGAGCAGAUAGUAUCAGGAGCAUGAAAUCUUCUCGGCAGAAUGGAAACUUGGAUGAAGGACGGAGUCAGAGUGUGGGCCGAAUCUCGCCAACCACGUACAAGGAUGACAUUGCUCAAUCCACUUCACCCUUAGCGAGAGAGCACGCUAGCCCUCGCGCCACACCUUCGCGGAUUUUCGAAAACUUUCAUCAACAACGGGGUACAAGUCCGAUUCACAGAAGAUCUCCUUCGCCACUCUUAUCUCAUACACCCAAGUCCCAGAAUACAUCAUCGGCGCUGCGAUGGUCAGCGCUUUCCAUGGCCCCAAGUAUGAAUGGCGAGCGAGAUGAGCAACCUUCGCAACAGGUUUCUCCUUCAGAACGUGUGAAGGCAUCAAUAAGCCCGAGCUUGUGCUCAGGUCUGCAGUUGGAUUCGCCAAACGAGCGUCCGGGGUCUUCACGAGAAUCCUCCAUACUGCGACUGCAGGGGUCAGUUAGGUCCAAAUCCUCGAAGAGUCGCCUGCCGAGUGGCAUACCUGCAGAUGACUUGAGAGAAACCGACUUUUCUUCGCAGAAUGACACCCCCGAACUCCACUUUCUGGACCCUCCAGGUGAUACAAGUGAAGGCGAACCUCGGUCACCAGUAUCUGAACAGUUGUACGGUCCGUCUCCCGCUCGAAAAACCAUGAAUGGGUCUUCCUCCCAAACGGAGGUAUCCACCAAACCUCAGACCUCGUUUAUAGACGCUGACGCACCAUCAACACCUCCUCGACAAUCAAGGCCCAAAAGCCCAAGGGUGCAAUUUAAAACGCCCUCGCCGCCGCAGGGUCUUCCCGACCUUCCGACACCAUCUUCAAGUGGCGAAUCGGAGGAGGCUUCCCGUCGGAGUAGACCAGCGACACCGAAAACACCAGCAGGACCUAACAUUUCUCGUGGAUUGCCUACGCCCAAGCCACCUGGCGGGUGGCUUGCGACACCAAUGCCGAGACACGCCGAGACAACAUCGAGUGAUGUAGGCAGCUCAAGUCAAACUCGACAGGAUCGAAGUUUGAAGACGCCGUCAAGGCAUGUGAACACGUCUACGUUCAAGACACCCAAACCCCCAGGAUCCUGGCUUACUACUCCAGGUCUUGUUGUAUCUUCAAGUUCAACGGAAAGGAGGUCGUCGGAAGAGAACAAUCCGGGGCAAAGCGGACUGCAGACCCCAGCUGCAUCUCUGUCUAAAGCGUCGCUCCUUGAUCCGAAGACUCCUGGCGCUCCUGGCGCAUGGAUGGCGACUCCAGCAGCAAGAAAGAGCCUGCAGAAAGUCCGUUUCAAUGCAGAGACUUCUAGCAAGUCGGUCUUUGGCGGUGGACUCGCCACUUCAUCGGUUGAUGCUUCUGAUCAAGUUCCCCAGACGGAGUGGUCUGUAAUGUUAUCGUCGACGACGCGCAGCCCUCGCAAAAAUAGAGGCGCCAGUAUUCGGAUUCUGGAUGAGUUCGGCCGGGAACAGGAUUCAAUUGCGGCACAGCCUCUAGAUUCGGUUCGCAAUCGGAGUGGGCUCCGUAUUUUGGACGCUAUGGGCAACGAAAUUCUGGAAGACGAAAACUCGACGGGGAAUGAAGGAAAGGAUGAUCCAGGUGACGUUCCGCCUACUCGCGGAGAGUUGAUAUCGCGUAUUCGCCGAGGUCUUGACGACCUCCUUGAUGAUAUUGACAUUGACCAGGACGAUGGUCUUCUGCCUGUCGACCGUGCUCGUAUGGAAGAGUUGAACGCUGCCUCUAUGCAAGCCCGUCAAGCUAGACUUCAGCUAUAUGGCCGAGCGAAGAACACACGCCAGGAACUCGGUCUGCUGUCGGAGCAGGAGCUAUCGUCACAAUUGAUCUCUUCUACGUCCAAGUUAGACCGACGCAGCUAUUUAGUCAUGGCAAUUGUUCAAGUUGUCUUCAUGGUAGUCAUGUAUCGGCUAUGCAUGAACCACGCUAGGAACUUUUUCAUGAACAGUUACUAUGAUCCAUUUAAUCCUGAACUUCAUUUAUUUGUAUUUAAGUCAGAUAUUUCGUACCUUCCAGCGAUACCUUGGCCUCGGCUUUCGGUUCAUAGAGGAGGGAAUCUUUGGCACAGUGGGUGGCAUUUAAUUGGGGAUCUGCAGUUAUAUCUUGGGCGAAUAUGGAGCGGAGGCAUUCAGCAGGGAAGCGUUUGGACUCCAACCUAG